GUCAGGACCAUGCAGAUGUCGCCUUCGCGGCUUCCGGGACUUUAGUUGUGCUCUGCCCCGUUAUAUCCCGCCGUAGUUUGGAUGGUGAAGCCGGAGGGGAUGGCGGGGAGCUGGGCUGCCCAUGGAGGAGCACUAGCAGUCUGCAGGUGCUAACCAUCCCCCUGCCGUCUAUGGAGAGGUCCAGCUGCCGGCCAAAUGCAUUCUGUAGAGAACAACUGCAACCAUGACGUCUCCAGGCCGAGCGAAGGACCCAGCUCCAUCUACAUGUGUAAGCUGUGCAACCUGUUCUCUCCCAGUCACUCGGAGCUCCUGCUACACGUUACCGAAAAUCACACCAAAGAAGGUCUGAGCCCGGACCACAUCAUUAUCCCGCUUAGACCACUGGUGCCGUCCAGCAGGAACGCAGAAGAAUUGUGCGUUGUGAAACGAAAAAGAGGACGACCUAAAGGGUCCACAAAGAAAUCAGUCGCUGAGGAGGAGCCCACCGAGACCAAUGGAAGCCUGCCUAAAGAGGACAACGAGGAGGGACGCCUGUCCCCUGAGCCCGUGCCGGACAGCUUGGAAUGCCGAAAAUGCAGCCGAACGUUCUCCAACCUCAGACAGCUGACAAAACACAUCUGCAUCAUCGUGUUAAAUGACGAUGAGGAUGUCACUCAAGCCAACGACUUCGAGGGGAAGUUUAUUUUGCCAGAUAAUGAAAAGGAGAAGGAAAAACAGCCAAAGAGAUCGCGCCUGCAGAAAACGGAAAAAGCACUGCAGCCGAAAGAUGCCGAGAAACCCCAAGGAGUGAAUCCCAUCGUCAGCGUUUUCUUAACGGCUCACGAGGCUAUUCCAGGAGCAACACGAAUAGUUCCCAUAGAAGCUGCAGCUCCAGCGGUGGAACCAGAGGUGAACACGCAGACGGCGGAUCCAGAGCCGGGGCUGAAGAGAGGAUACCAGGAAUACGCCAUCCCACAAGUCCCUCAGGAACAGGCCGCCCAUUCCAGCAGGACAGGUCCAAACCAGCUAAAAAUUUUCACUUGCGAAUAUUGCAAUAAGGUCUUCAAAUUCAAGCACUCUCUCCAGGCCCACCUGCGCAUUCACACCAAUGAAAAGCCCUAUAAGUGCCUCCUGUGUAACUACGCCAGUGCCAUUAAAGCCAACCUGAGCGUCCACAUGCGCAAACACACAGGAGAGAAGUUCAGCUGCGAUCACUGCUCCUUCAGCUGUCUCAGCAAAGGUCACCUGAAGGUCCACGUGGAGCGAGUCCACAAGAAAAUCAAGCAGCACUGCCGCUUCUGCAAGAAAAAGUACUCAGAUGUCAAGAAUCUCAUCAAACACAUCAAAGAAACUCACGACGCGCUGGACAAGAAGGUGAAGGACAACUUAGACGAACUAAGGUUACUGACCCGAGAGGGAAAGAGACAGCUCUUGUACGACUGUCACAUCUGUGAGCGCAAAUUCAAAAAUGAGCUGGAAAGAGACAGGCACAUGCUGGUCCAUGGAGACGAGAGACCGUUUGCUUGCGAGCUCUGCGACCAUGGGGCCACAAAGUAUCAGUCUCUCGAGCUCCACCUACGGAAGCACCCCUUCGUCUACGUGUGCUCCAGUUGCUUCAAGAAGUUUGUCAGCACUGUUAGAUUAAAAGCUCACAUCAAAGAGUUUCACCCAGACCUUCAGGAGGACAUGAUCUUUAGGACUUCCAUUAAUCAGAGUUUUUACCUCCUGGAGCCUGGGAGUGACAUCCAGCAAGAGGCUCUUGGAGACGUCGAUAGUGAAGCUCAUCUAGUCUACAACGCACCGUCUUCCAUACCGAUUCCCCCAACAUCAGUAAAAAACAUUGAACAAUCUCAGAACUCUACGACUGAAAGGGUUGGUUUACUACCAGGCCAGGAAUCGCAGCCACUUGUGUCUGAGCAACCAAGUCAUUUACCAGAUUGCACAAUAUCAAAGCUAGCAGGCUCUCCAGACGUGUCUUCGGAGGUGUCAAGUGAAGAUCUUCUUCGUGGUUUGACAGAGAAAGAUAAUAAUCAUUUUUAUUCUAAUCUUGGAAACAAUCAAGGCGAAAGCAAUGAAUCCGGAGCAGUCAAUCAUGUCAUAAGCGAGUCGAGACCCACGGCGGUAGACUCUUUAGACGACCAGAUUUCAUAUGGACAUCAUGAAAGUGGAAGCCAACAAGGCCCAAAGGACACUACUUUGGAGACGGGAAGCGUAGGGCUCCCCCCUCCUGCACCCCCAGUGCCUGCAAACUCUGGAGAGACUGCAGCCUUUAUGACUAUCUUGAAUGGACUGCACAAGAGACAGUUGUCGGUGGCCUUGUUUCAGAAGAUCAGGAAGAUUUACGGGGACCUGGAGUGUGAAUACUGCGGUAAGCUGUUCUGGUAUCAGGUCCACUAUGACAUGCACGUGCGGACACACACUCGGGAGCAUCUGUACUACUGCUCUCAGUGCAGCUACUCCUCCGUCACCAAGAACUGCCUCAAACGUCACGUCAUACAGAAGCACAGUAACAUGUCCAUGAAGUGUCCGGCCCCCGGCUGCAGCUACUCCAGUCCGGACAAGUAUAAGCUACAAGCCCAUCUGAAAGUCCAUGCUGAGCUGGACAAGAAGACGUAUUCCUGCCCCUCCUGUGAAAAGUCCUUUUCAGACGACCGUCUUAUUAAAUCUCACAUAAAGGCUAAUCAUCCCGAGGUUUCGGCAAGUCUUAUAUCUGAGGUCCUCGGCCGCAAAGUUCAAAUGAAAGGUCUGAUAGGAAAGAGAGCUGCUAAAUGCCCAUACUGUGACUCCUACUUCUUGAAGAACGGGUCCGAUCUGCAGCGGCAUAUAUGGGCCCAUGAAGGUGUGAAGCCUUUUAAGUGCACGGUGUGCGACUACGCCACUCGCAGCAAGAGUAACCUGAAAGCGCACAUGAAUCGGCACAGCACAGAGAAGACUCACCUCUGCGACAUGUGCGGCAAGAAGUUCAAAACCAAAGGGACCCUGAAGAGUCACAAACUCCUUCAUACAGCAGACGGGAAACAAUUCAAAUGCACAAUAUGUGAGUUCACCGCAGUCCAAAAGCCGCAGCUUCUCCGACACAUGGAGCAGCAUACCUCGUUCAAGCCGUUCGGUUGUGCCUUAUGCCAUUAUUCCUGUAAUAUUCCCGGCUCACUGAAAAGACAUUACAACAAGAAACAUCCGAAUGAAGAGUGUGUCAACUCCGGAGCGGGAGAAGUCUCCUCCGAAGCCCUCGUCCUCCAAGGCGGAAUAAAGUGCCCCGUGUGCAGCUUUGUCUACGGCACCAAGUGGGAGUUCAACAGACAUCUGAAGAGCAAGCACGGCCUGAAACUGGUGGAGAACGACAAAGACGCCGGGUGGGAGCAGUCGGAUGUGACAGAAGAGGUCUCUACCCAGUUCCUUCAUAUCACUGAAGCCGAAGCAGAUGUUCAGGGAACACAGACAGCUGUUGCCGCUCUCCAGGAUCUCCGCUAUACCUCGGAAACCAGUGAGAAGCUCGACCCCACGGCCGUCAACAUCCUCCAGCAGAUCAUCGAGUUGGGGACGGAAUCCCACGACGCUGUCGCCUCCGUGGUCGCCAUGGCUCCCGGAACUGUGACCGUGGUGGAACAGGUGACUGAAGAAGAGCGCUCCACCAAUCACGCGGUAAUGAUACAGGAAGCUCUACAGCAAGCCGCGGUGGGGUUGGGAGAACAGCACCACCUGGUGGUUUCCUCAGAUGAUGUUGAAGGGAUCGAAACGGUCACUGUUUAUACACAAGGAGAAGAGACCUCCGAGUUUAUAGUCUACGUGCAGGAAGCAAUGCAGCCUGUGAGCGAUGGUACGAUGGAGCACAUCCUACAAGAGAUAUAACAGGCGGUCGUGUUCAUCGCUUCACAUUUACACUAGAAUUAAAACCUACCAUCAUCCUUACAUGUAGAUGCUGUAGGAGAGAUCAGGUAGAGGCCAUUUAUCCUACACACAAGUUGGCCAUCGGCAUCUACUUAAUGACGACCCCAAAGACAAUUUUUUUAUUUUAUUAUAAUUUUGAGCAAUAACUGUACAAAAUUUGUUUUAGCUGGAAUUGAUUCUCGGGAAUGUUUACAUAGAAUAAACUCUGUGGAUUUUGCCUGGA